AUGCAAAAGGUUGAUUGUCUUAUUGUCGGUGGUGGCAUUGUAGGCGUAGCUGUUGCUCGACAUCUACAAGCAACAUUUUCACAUUUGAAAUGUUUAUUAGUGGAAAAAGAAAACACUUUGGCUAAACAUCAGACAGGACAUAAUUCUGGUGUCAUUCAUGCUGGCAUCUAUUAUAAAACGGGUUCAUUAAAAGCAAAGCUUUGUAUUGCAGGUUUGAAAAGAACCUAUGAAUAUUGUGAUACUAAUCAUAUACCAUAUAAAAAAUGUGGAAAAUUGAUUGUUGCUGUCGAGCGUGAUCAAUUAGGACGUCUCGAAAAUAUAUAUCGACAAGCAAUACAAAAUGGUGUUCAAGAUGUUAAACUGCUUGAUUCAAAUCAAAUUAGAGAACUCGAACCUAAUUGUCGAGGUAUUCAAGCUAUACAUAGUCCACACACAGGUAUCGUUGAUUAUGGUUUAUUAUGUCGGCAUUUUGGUAAAAGUUUUGAACAACUUGGUGGACGAAUUGCUCUGAAUUUUGAAGCAGAGAAAUUCCUUUCAUCCGGUGAUGCUACUUAUCCAAUUCUUGUAAAAAGUAAAACAAAUUCAACAUUUUUGAGUCGCUAUGUAAUCACCUGUGGUGGAUUGCAAGCCGAUCAACUUGCGAUAGCUUGUGGAGGUUCAAAAAAUCCGACGAUUGUACCAUUUCGUGGAGAUUAUCUAGUAUUGAAAAGCAAUAGAGAUGAAUUAAAAAUUAAUGGUAAUAUUUAUCCGGUUCCUGAUCCAAGAUUUCCUUUUCUAGGUGUUCAUUUUACUCCACGAAUGGAUGGUUCGAUUUGGCUUGGUCCUAAUGCUGUUCUUUCUAUGAAACGUGAAGGAUAUGGUCUAUUUGAUAUCAGCAUUAAAGACACAGUUGAUCUUGCAUUAAAUGGUGGCCUUCGAAAACUUGCUUGGAAAAAUAUGAGCUAUGGCAUUAAUGAAAUGCGUCGUGCUUAUUCACUCUCGGCUACAGUUAGAGAGUUACAAAAAUUUGUACCAUCCGUAACUGUUAACGACGUCGAACGAGGCCCAAGUGGCAUUCGAGCACAAGCCUUAUCUGACGAUGGAAAUCUUGUGGAAGACUUUGUUUUUGAAACAGUUAAUACUGGCGAUCUAAAAGAUCUAAUUCUGCAUGUUCGAAAUGCUCCCAGUCCUGCAGCAACAUCAUCAAUACCAAUCGCGGAUAUGAUUGUAGCCAAAGCAAAAGAGUGUUUCAAUCUUUAA